AUGGUUGCACCAACAGCUUUGAAAUCAAGUGCAUCUGAGACUUUUUCUCCUACCAGUUCGGGCCCUGUCCCAAGUAGAAUCAUCGGUACCAAUAACAAUCAAACUUUGGAGGAUGAAGACGAUGAUGACAUCCUUCUAGAUCAAGAAAAUGCCGGUGAAGAUGCCUCAUUAGAGCAAAAUGGUGAAGAAUCGAAGAAGAAGAAAGAAAGUAAAGGUGUUGUCCUUGAUGAAGAGGGUAAGCCAAGGUUCAGUUCAGCAAAGAAAUCAAAUGAAACAAAAGUCAAGUUAGAAAGUAGAAAAGUGCCUGUACCACCACAUAGAAUGACACCAUUGAGAAAUAAUUGGACAAAGAUAUAUCCUCCACUAGUUGAACAUCUUAAGUUACAAGUUAGAAUGAAUUUAAAGACGAAAUCUGUCGAACUAAGAACACAUCCAAAGCACACUACUGAUCCAGGUGCUUUACAGAAAGGUGCUGAUUUCAUCAAAGCUUUCACCUUAGGUUUUGAUUUAGAUGAUUCCAUUGCCUUAUUGAGAUUAGAUGAUCUAUAUAUUGAAACUUUCGAAGUUAAAGAUGUCAAGACUUUGACCGGUGACCAUUUAUCUAGAGCUAUCGGUCGUAUUGCUGGUAAAGACGGUAAAACUAAAUUUGCCAUUGAAAAUGCAACCAGAACAAGAAUCGUUCUGGCAGACUCAAAAAUUCAUAUUCUUGGUGGUUUCACGCAUAUCAGAAUGGCAAGAGAAGCUGUUGUUAGUUUGAUUCUAGGUUCUCCUCCAGGUAAAGUUUACGGUAACUUACGUACCGUUGCUUCUAGAUUAAAGGAACGCUAUUAA